AUGAAUAGUAAUAAGGAAAAUAUAUUUACUGCCCCUCGUACACCUUCACCACAAUUGAAAAGAGAUUCAUCUAAUAUAUUAAAGUUCAAUUCAACUACUCAUACAAAUGUAUUGAAAUCAAAGAUAACGGAUGUACCAUCGAAUGCUUCUGGGAUCACUGCAAGAAGACCAUUAGCUUCUAAAGAUAAGAAUGUUCGUCGAACUGCUUUAGGCCAAGUAAAAUCUUCUAUUUCGAGCAAUAAUAGUAAUACCAAUAGCACCAAUAAUAAUGAUAAAAAUAAAAAUAAUAUGCUACCAAUGAAUCGAUUGAAAAAAUAUGGUUCAGUAUUGGGAUAUUCUAAUAAUACUAUCAAUUCCAAUGCUUCCAAGACUUUAAUAUUAAAAGAUAUUGCUCCAUUGGAGAAAGAUAAACAUAUUGAAGAUGAAAUAGAAACAAGAUCGUAUGAACCAAAAGAAUUGGAUUAUGAACCUGAAAAUUACUUUGGUUUCAACCAAGAAGAGAUUGAUGGAUUAAAUGAUUAUACGUUUAAUUUUAAUCUCCAACCCAAUAAUGAAUUUGAUAAUAAUGACAAUGAUGAUAAUGAAGCUGAUGCGGGUGAUGAUUCUUUAACGGAUGAUACCAUGUCGAUAUCAUCUUUAGAAGAAAUAGUGAUUGGCACGAGUACUAAUGAGAACAACCACGUGAAUAAUAAAAAUAGUAAUAUGAUCAACAACAUUCACACUAAACAAGAUCAAACGCAAAGUGAUGAUGAGUUAGAAUUGGAAACAAUGAUUACUGGACAUUUCGAUGGAUCUGGCUUGAAUAACCAAGAUUUAUUCGAUUUAUUGAACUGA